AGUAUGAGCCUGGAGAUGGAAGAGGAUCGCAAAGUGGAUCUCAGCGAGGCCCUGGCGCUGGGGCCGGAAUGGCGCCACGCCUGCCACGCGCUGCUCUACGCUCCCGACCCCCGCAAGCUGUUCGGCCGCAUCCCGAUGCGCUUCGCUGUGCUGAUGCAGAUGCGCUUCGACGGGCGCCUAGGCUUCCCUGGCGGCUUCGUGGACACGCAGGACAGCUGCCUGGAGGACGGGCUGAAUCGUGAACUGCGCGAGGAGCUGGGCGAUGCCGUGUCAGUCUUCCACGUGGAGCGCUCCAACUACCGGAGCUCACACCUCGCGGUCAAACUACGAGUGGUGGCCCAUUUCUAUGUCAAGCGUCUGACGCUAGAGCAGCUGCUGGCUGUGGAAGCCAGGGCACCUCAAGCUAAGGACCACGGGCUGGAGGUGCUGGGCCUGGUGCGGGUGCCUCUUUACAUCCUGCGUGAUGGUGUGGGAGGCCUGCCCACCUUCCUGGAGAAUGCCUUCAUUGGUGCUGCCCGGGAGCAGCUACUAGAAGCCAUUCAGGAUUUGGAACUCAUGGAUCCUGGCACUAUUGCAAACCUCACCAUCCCAUCUUCUAAGGAGACUCAGCCCACCAUGGACCCAUGAAACCCAAGAUGAGGGCUUUGGUAUAGGGAAGGAUGGUGGGAGGCAUGGCCAAAUGCUUUUCUUUGGGGGCU